UCCGAUCACCAUCAUGGUCAACGCAAGUGUCGUCCUCACAGCUUGUGUUUUAUUCGGAACUUUAGCUUCCGCAUCAAGCGACAAAGUGGUUCUGAACGAGGAUGUCUUAAUGGGCACUUGCACUUGGACAUGUGAUACCAUUCCAGAUCUUCACAACAAGGAAGGCUGUACGAAGAUUAGCGGGUGCACUCUCGGCUCGCCCGGGUGGGUCAGGGGCUUUGUGCGGUGUGACUACUGUAAGUGCGACUGCGAAGAAGAUGAGGAGGAUAGGGACGUCCUUGUGGAGAAGACAAAGAUAAGCACGGAUGAGUACGAGUUAUACGGCAGAUGUACCGGUCUUCUCUUUUCAUGUAGCCGGCGUGGAUUGGUGAGAUCUGACUUCAAGGGCUGCCACCGUGUUGAAGACUGUUCCUUUGCUGAACCUGAUGCCCUGCCCGAUCUAUUCGCCUGCGACUACUGUACUUGUCAGUGCGUUAAUGAACAUUACGCCAACAAGUACAGGAUGACGAAUAUCAAGUACGACAUUGAAAACGCUCAUAUGAAGAAAGGCAGACCGUUCGCACUCAAUAAGAGCACUUUCUUAAAGAACAACGGAGGGAUUUCCCAAACAAUGACGCGCGUCCUGACGUACACCGACUCGCAGACGACAGCAAUGGAGACCAGCAAAGCUUUGCAGCACGGCCUAACCAUAACCGUCGAUGCAACCAUUGGUCCCUUCGGUGUCGGGUCUCUAGGUACAUCUGUUGGUAACCAACUCACCAAGGGCUUCACACAAAAUGCCGGACAAACGAACAUGACGUCACGAAGCGACGAGAUUCGCGCGACCGUCCGAGUUGAGCCUUAUUCUUCAGUAAACGUGACCGUUAUUGGGUUCCGUAUCGAGGUAGAUGUGUCCUAUACUGCGGACUUGGUGACCGAGUACACGGACGGACGCACGGACACUCAGCAAAUAACAGGCAUCUACCGAAAUGUCGACUCCAGCGAGGCAUACGUCGAGUAUGGGGAGCAGAUACCUUUGAAGAAACCUUAAACAUCCGAUUUUAUUGUAGCCAUGAUUAUUAAAGGUCCACUCAGUCAGAGCUUGCAGUAAAUUGUUCAUGUCCAGGAGUGCUGUCUUGUGAUGAUUUGGGUUUACUCUUUUGGCCAGUUUGUAUCCCUUUCUGAGAGGUCCAUGAUCUGACCUAUUUGCAUGCCAAGGUUUGUUUUCUAAAAGGUAUAGAGCACUUCUUAAAGCGAGAACCAUUCGCU